AUCGACUCUAGAUGCAACAAAUCGGAAAAUCAUGGAGCUGAAGUAGGUGUGCUAGGGAGGACAUUCCUUGACUCAUCCGUAUUUUUGGUUGAGGCCGCUGCUGACUACUGUUGGGCAAUGGCUGAAAUCGGAGAGCUCCCCUUGGAGACCACUAGCCCAGUCCCGCUUCUUGAAGAACUAAAAUUUCACUCUCUGAAAUAA